GUUUUUGCAGUUAAUUCGGUCUCUGUAAUUCACAUCAUGGCGUGUCCUGUGCGUGCAGUGAAAACUCACAUUGGCAAGCCAUCCCCAGCCUUUCAGGCCACCGCUUUGGUAAAUGGAGAAUUUAAAGAGAUCCAGCUGUCGGACUAUUUAGGUAAAUACGUGGUUUUAUUUUUCUACCCGUUGGACUUUACCUUUGUCUGCCCCACGGAGAUCAUUGCCUUCAGUAACCACGCUGAAGACUUCAAGAAGAUCAACUGCCAGCUGAUUGCCGUCUCUGUAGAUUCCCAAUUUACCCACCUUGCAUGGACCAAAGUGCCCCGUAAAGAAGGAGGUUUGGGGCCUGUUAAUAUACCCCUGGUGUCUGACCUGACCCAUUCUAUUGCAAAGGAUUACGGUGUCCUGAAAGAAGAGGAUGGAGUUGCAUACAGAGGCCUCUUCAUUAUUGAUGGGAAAGGGAUCCUUCGUCAGAUCACUAUUAACGACCUUCCUGUUGGUCGCUCUGUGGAUGAGACAUUGCGUCUGGUGCAGGCGUUCCAAUACACCGAUGUACAUGGAGAGGUGUGUCCAGCAGGAUGGAAGCCCGGCAGCAGCACCAUUAAGCCCAAUGUAAAAGACAGCAAGGAGUUCUUCUCUAAAGAAUACUAAUGGCUGAUCCAGCUCACAAGGAGACCAAUGAUCUUCUGCAAUGAACGUGCACUGACAUCAUCACUGUCCAAACUGACACUCCCAGCACUUAUUCCUAAUCUUAAUUAAAAAGUCCUAAGAAAAAAA